AUGUCGUUUGUAAAGGAUGCCAAUAGCGGAACUAUUUGCAAAAUUUUAGGGCAUGUGGUGGCAGCUGACCUAAAGGGGAGCAUGAAUGGAACUUAUAAUAUAAUGAGUAAAGCUACACCUUUGAAUGUACAAAAGAAUAAAGGAUUGUGCCAUGGCAGCAAAUAUCUUUUUAGUCAAUAUGUUGGAAGAUCCAUUACGUUGCCCUGUCCAAAACUAGAAGGUUAUAGCAAAAAGGAAGAAAAUAUUAUAUGGCUGAAGGAUUGCAAGGAUAAUGUUCACACAGGGACUGAGUACGUUAUUCAGAAAGUGGAAGAAAAGAGUGCUGGAUAUUACUUGUGUGUACUCCCUCUAGAAAAUGGUGGACUUCAAUAUAAUAUUACAAGAAUGCUGGAACUGACAACCAAAGAAUCUGUCGAGCCAUUUAAACCAAAAUUAAUUUAUCCUGUUGAAGAACAAAUUGAGCUUGAACUUGGUGAGAAAAAGGAAAUUGAAUGCAAAGCUAUUGUUGGCUACAGAAUGAAUGGCUUCUGCAUUCUAUAUUGGAUUUUUAACAUCAGUGGAAAUGAUACAGUUUAUGAAAAUCCUGAAAGGAUUGUUCAUGAAGAUAACAGAAUAUCUAUAAUCAGACCACUUGUGUUCACCAGAAUUAAAGCACAGCAUUUGAAUCAACUUUUUGAGUGUGUUUUAAAUUGUGCAGAGACUGAUCAAAUCGGUAACAUCAUUCUUCUAGAAAGAGGCAAGAGUGAUACUUGUCCAGUAGUCCUGUUACUAAUCAUGACAGUGGCUAUUUUCAUCAUUGUAUCAAUUGUGUAUGUCAGGUUCAAGAUUUACUUCAUCCUUUGCUUCAGGGACUUCACUUCCAGGGAUGAAACUUUAGAAGACAGCAAGGAAUAUGACGCCUAUGUGUUGCUCCUUAAGAGUAGUGAAACUCUCUUCAGUGCUAAGGAAGAAACAUUUGCAUCAGAAAUAUUACCUGCAAUUCUAGAACAAAAAUUUGGUUACCGACUGUGCAUUUUUGAACGCGAUGUUCUUCCAGGAGGAGCUUCAGCUAAUGAUAUAUUAUCGUACAUUAACAAAUGUAGAAGGUUAAUUAUAGUACUAUGUGCUGAAUGCAUGGCAGACGAUAGUUCAAUGUACGAACUGAUGGCAGGUCUUCAUCAAGCUUUAGUUGAGAGGUUAAUUAAGCCAAUACUUAUUGAAUAUAAUCCAGUAAGAGACACUACAUUCCUGCCACUGUCACUUCAGCUUAUUUUGAGAUCAAACAGGAGAGUGAAGUGGAGAAGUGCAUCACGAUCGCAAAAUUCAUACUUUUGGAAGAAGAUGAGAUACCUUAUGCCAGCAAAGCAUAUUAACGCAUCUGAAUAUUCCCAAAAUGGAAGAACUAUUCUUUGACAGCAGAAACUAAUGACCCAGAAAUCAUAUAAUUAUAGACGGGA